GUAUAGAGGGGGCAGCUUCCUUAGCAACAGCUUGGUCUUUUAAAGGAGCAAUAGCUGCAGUCAGCCAUGGCUCCUAAGAAAAAAGGAGAGGGCAAGAAGAAGAAGAAGAAGAAGACAGAAAUCCAAGCAGCUACUAAGGCCAUCGAAGAAGUCGUAACAGAGACCCAGGAGUUCUACCACAUCCAAAUCCGGGACCUGGAGAAUCGGCUUGACAGGUACAAAGAGAAGUGGGAUGAGUUCUCCCAGCAGGACAAAGUGUUCCAGGAGGAGUUUAACCAGCUGGCCCACAACAAAAAGGAGGUUGUUUCCUUCCUGAAACGAACUCUUAACCAACGUGUGGAUGAGAUCGCUGACCUUAAUUCUCAGCUUCAGGGGCUGCAGAUCUCCAAAGAGAUGGAGAAGGAUGCCUUUGAGGCCCGGCUGGCCCAGGUACGCCAUGAGUUCCAGGAGACCAAAGACCAGCUCACCAUGGAGAAUAUCAUGUUAGGGGGUAAGCUGGCUGCCCUAGAGGAGUUCCAAUUCCAGAAAGCUGAUCUCUUGGCCAAGUUUUCCCUUUUGGAGGAUCAGCUGAAGAAGCAGCGAGAUGACUACAAGUCGUAUGUUUGCCACAUGGAAAGGAAGGCUUUGAUGGAUAAAGAAAGACUUCGGAAGGACAUAAUCCAUCGUAUAAACACAGUGGCAGCUGAGUUUCGAAGGUUUUCUAGCUCCCAGAUGGCAGAGACAACAAAGAGAGCUAUUCGGGAGAACGUGACGGUGGCUCUGGGUCUGGCCAAAAUAAACUCUGGAAACUUGGAGCAGAUAAAGGAGAAUAAUGUGCUGAAAGAGUCGAAGGAGGAGCUGUGCAAACAGCUGGCCCUUCUGGAGAGAGAUGAGAAGACCAUGGCCAAAAACAGCCUCACUCACAUCAAGGUGAUCCAACUUCUUUCUGAAAAGUGCCAGGAGCAGCAGCAUGCAGAAAUUGAAGCUGACCAGCUUCAGAUAAUAUUGAGUCAGGCAGAGAUUGCUUUUCAGCAGGUGGAGGAAGAUAAUAAAGAGCUAAAGAACAAGAUAAAAAGCUUGAGGUUGCAACUGAAUAGUCAGAAGACUGAGGGGAAGAGACUGAGAAGGGAGCUGGAAAAGGAAAGGGAUAAUCGACAAAGCCUGGAGGUUUUGCUGACCAAAGCCACUUGCCACCUCCAGGACUUGCUAAAGGCACACCCUGAGAAAACCGAGGCUUGCAAGAUAGACAUCUUGUUCCAGCUGGGGAGGAAGGAGAUGCUUCAGCAGCUGUUGGAUAUGCUGAAUGAGGCUGUGGUGGUGGGGCCCCAUAUCCCUGAGUUUGUGCCUCCCCCAAUCAAUUCCCCCUCAAUCCAGUCCUUGAUGACUACUGAAGAGAGUUUUAAGCAGCCUGAGCCCCUACCUUUGCUCCAGCAACUGGCCAACAUUCAGCCUUACAGGAUUGGGGACUUGGGCCUGGUGCCUCAUCCACCCUCAACCACCGAGGAUGGCCAAGAUGCUGCUACGUUCAGAAAUCUUAGAUCUGUUAAAGCCUUCAGCAACCCUGAGAUUCCAAGACCUCAAAUUUUGAGAGAGAUCAAGCAGGUCAGCAUGCCGGCUUUCCACCUGUACCCCAGUGUGGAGGGACAGCAGGAAUAGCACCACCUUCCCCAUUCCUUGGCCCUGUGUUCUAGCAAAGGGGGAAGUGAAAGAAGAAAUGCAUGAAGAAGAAAUGCAGGCUUGGAUCUUGGUGGCCUCAUCUUUAUUUCCUGGGCAAGGGUGGGAGAGAAGGUAAAUGCUUUAUAAAAUGGUUAUUACACAGGAAUGGAAGAGAAUCCAUGCUGGUGCCUGAGCCCUUCCCCUCCCCUGCCCUUGAGCUAGAAGCCCUGGUGCCUGCCCAUGAUAUGGUGCCAGCUGAGAACCCUCUAAGGCAAGGAGAUCCUGCUUUUUCUUAUAGGGGCCCAAGACUGCUUCACGAGACACCUCUCUGCCAACCCAUUCCAGAUUGGGUCAACCAUUAAACACUGAUGAGCCUCUUCCCAGGCCAAAAGGAUGGAAGGAACUCUUCAUGAAGCUCCAAUGGGCAGAGAGAGUUUGGAGGGACCUUCCAUUGAUGAGCCAUACUUCCCCAUAAAAAAGGUCUGGGCCAGGAGAGAGGCCCCUUCUUUCAGCCUCCUUCAAAACCUUACCUGAAGCCUGAGGUCUCUACAUGGAGGGUAGCCCCUGGGCAAAGGUGUAGCACCUAGAAAUGUCAGGAUAGGUAACACCACAUUGUCUCAGGGAGGGCAAAGGAAAACAGACACUUGAGGUGAAUCAGCUAAUGAAGGACUGUGACUCUUCUGUGAUUCCUUUCAAAACAAACCCAGAAAGACCGAGUGUCAGAAAUCAGAGCAUAUAUAAGGAAGGGAGAGGACAGGUGCUUCACUGUCCGCAUCAACCCAACUCCUUCCCUGGCACCGCCCCUCCCAAUCAACCACUUGUUAAAUGCCUCCUAUGGGCCCAACACUGGACUAGGGGCUGGGGCUGCAAGAAUGGAGCAACCCUUCCUCACAAGGAGCUUCCAUUCUAAUGGAGGGCACUGCCAGGAAACUGCACACCUGGUGGUUUCUCCUCCCAACAUCACCAUGAGGUAGGUGGAGAAACAGUUAUUGGUCAUUUGAUAGGUGGGCAAAGUGAGAUCCAGAUUGGGGGAGGUCUCAAGGCCGGCCCCUUGUGGAACAAAGGCAGAACUCUGGUAGGGUCCUGCCUCUCAGGGUGGGGAGUGGGACCUUAGGGGUCUGAAUCCUUCGCGUCAUGGAUUGCUUGGCUUCCUACAUAGUCUCUGCUAUGAAGCUGUUUGUCUGUCCCAUGAGGCAUCACAAUGGAUGGAUGUCUUUGAUACUAGCUCAUACAUCUUGUCUUCUCAGAGAGACAGAGGGUUGUGGCGAACAAAGGGAGCAGAGACUUCAGUUCCAACUUUACCCUCCACAUCCCAUCUCAAAUGCUGAAAACCCUACACUCUAUGUAUGCCCCUUUGUUGGUGACCUUUUCCUGGGGGCUGGGGGACACAGUAACUAAUUAAAGUAGCUCCUCUUCCCUUGAAGGACAAGGGGGGCCUUGCCUAAUCCUUGCUCUCUCACUAGCCUGGCCCCCAAUGUGCCCAUCUGGCAUUUAUGAGCUGUAGUGGGGUUUGAGGAGCUGCAACAGUUGGCCUUCCUGAGGUGCACAGGAGCCCCAUCUACACAGCCCUGGUGCUUCUUUCUCUGGAGUCCCACUUGGGAGGCAGUGUGAUUCGGUAGAAAGAACACUGGAUUUUGAGUUGGAGGAUCUGGGUUCAAAUCUCGACUCUGCUACUUACCUGUGUAACUUUGAGGCUCCUUCUAGCUCUAAAUCUACCACCCUGUGAAUCUACUUAAUAUUCUGUUGCCAGGACAGCCGGUAAUGCUGAUGGCGUCAGGCAUCACGCCUGAUGGCUGCCUAUAGUUGUCCAGGCUGUCUGCUCUAACCAAUGACACUCAGAAAAAAACAGUAAGAAGCUGGCCACAGGGAAAUCAAGACCAUGUGACUCCCCUAAAAAAAUCAUAACACAAGCGCCUUACGCUUACACAGCCACCUUGAACUUUCCUGAGAGCGUUCACAUCCACUGUCUCAUUUCAGUUCAAGGUCUAGAGGCAGCUGGGUGGCCCAAAGGAUAGAUAAUUGGACCUGGAGAUGGGAAGACCUGGAUUCAAAUUCUGCCUCAGAUGCUUCUAGCUGUGUGAUCCUGGGGAAAUCACUUCACCCA